AUGAAUGGAAGAGGAUUCAGUAACCCAGACAGCAGUUAUUCGGUGACGAUGUCUUCUGGAGAAUGUGCACGUCUCCUAUCCAAAAAUGAAAAGGUUAGAUUUGAGCCUCAAAUUAAUCUGUUAUGUACUUUUAAUAACCUCCGAGCGUUUAGUUUCCUCUUAAAAGGGUUAGAUAGUCGCAAUUCAAAUGAAAUAUCCAACAAUUACGGUCUAAAAACAGAAAAUAUAUGUCGUAAUAUAUCAAACAUGAGAUGCAGUGUUUCAUCACCAGAUGAAACACCGAGAAGAGAGUUGAAAAUACGACGCGCAGCGGAGUAUUUUUGACGAACUUCGAGGUGUUUCAUCUGGUGAUGAAACACUGUGUCGAAUGUUUGAUACUUCUUCUCAAACAAAAUCAUUUUUGAAGGAGAAAUUAAGGAUGCAAAUACUAAGCAGUGUUUCAUCCGAUUUCCAAACACUCAUUAAACAUUAAUUUCCUUUGUAUUUUCUUAAUGAAUUAUUAAUGAGUUUGAGAAGUUUUAUUCUGCCUUUCAGCAAGGCACGUACCUCUAAGUUCCCGAGGUAUAAUGACCCGUAUUUGCAGGGCAUUAUUACUUCAAUAAGUAGACUACGGAGUUGCUAUCUUUGUUCCAUCAUUUAUUUUUAAGAAAUUUGGCAAAACCCGUGAAAAAUUAAGGUUAUGUCGAAAUGUAAUUGCUCGUGCACGAAUAGCUAAGAACUGCACGACAAGUUUCUAGAGUUUUCGAGACCUUUUAUGGUCAGUAAGAAGGCGGCGGAUCGGCUUGGGCGCUGACGUACACGAACAAAGUUUAAAAGUCUUAAUUUAUUCUCGAAAAAUGUCGGACAAAUCUAAAUAGAGCGAAGCAAAAGAAAGUGGCCGUUUAAGGUGAAAUGCGAAUUAACAAUCAAAAUUCUAUGUUUAGAGAGGUCAUCCAUCUUGCCCUACGUUCAAAAUGUCACGUACCUUAAAAAUAAGUAAUUUAAAAAUGAAGCUUCCAAAAUGUCCCUAGCUUCUAGUUUUUCAAAGUGGCAACUUUUUAAAUUGCGCUGAUUUUUGCUGCACCAUUUCUAAAUCACCGCACCUUCAAACUAGCUCUUAUGACAAUGUGUCAUUGCUCAACAAAUUAGAGACUCAGAUAUUUUCCUUAUAAGGAAUGGCUAUAAAGUCUGGGAAAUAUCUUCUCCAUCUUAUUCAUUGAGGUAUAAAUUUAGCUCUUAGAAUAUUAUUAUUAUAAAUUUAGACAUGGUAAAUUAUUUUCAAGGCUAACAGCUGUCAAAGGAGACUAGAAAUACUUAUAAUUUUUUUUAACCUCCUAAUUUGCAAAUGUGAUUUGGAGCUCAUCUCACAGUCUUUACAAACAGUUCAUGAAACCUACCUAAGUUUAUAUCCAAUCGAGUUCAACUGAAAGGGCAUUCAAUUUCUUUAGAUAACAUUAAAAUAUCUAAACUAGAAACAAAAGUUAAUUACUACCUAGGUUUUCAACUAAUUGUUCCAAGGGUGGGGUGGGGGGAGGAGGAUAGUUCACCCAGUUCUCUAAAUUCUGGUCCCAUUUCAGACCACAAUGUGCCAUUCUCCACACCUUUCUCAGACCUCCCCUCUAAAAUCCCCACAUGUUUGCAGACCGAGCUAAUUUGAAAGUAGUUGUACUCUGUUUGCAUCUUCCCAUUACAUUGUCCUAGAGAACCGGGCAUUUUUAUUUUUUUAAGGAUUCUUGUAGUAGUAGUUGUUACACUGAAAAUCAUUUCAGGUACAAAUACCUUUAUACACUCUUGUGACUACAUUGAAAACCAUACCCCACUUAAUGGGCAAAAUCUAUACCCAUUUUCAGUCCGUGGCUCCCUGUAUAAAGCAAAUGUUCAAGUGUUGGCAAGCGACCUCAGCAUUUUAGCUCUUUUUUGCUCAUAGAAUUACAGUCUGGGAUCUGAUGUGAAUGAUGGCCUCCUUGAUAUUUCUUGUUGUCCCAGGUCUUGUCAUGCUCAGUGAAAUAUUGUUUCCAUUGCCAGUCAAUCUCAACCCAUUGUUUCACAAAUCAAGGACCAGCAUCGCUAGCCUGCAUAGUAAGCGUAAGCGUUUCUGGUUGUUUUAAUGCACAAAAGCUGUGAUGAGCUUUCACGUAUUAACUCCAGUGGGAACGCUUACUAUGCAGGGUAAUUGAGGAGUUUUUAAUAUUGUAUUGUCAUUGUCACCAUUUAUUUUUUUUCCGAUGUUGCUGCUGUUUCAAGGCUGCGGUGAUUAUUUUUGCUUGAUCUUGGAAUUGUACUCUAGCAGGGGCUUGUUUUGAUUGGUUUGUACUGCAAGCCAUUCCAUUAAUUUUGCCUUUUAUUUAAUUUUGUAGAUGACUCAUUUUGCUUCUUAUGGGAACACCUUAAAUGUGCAGGAUGUUGGAUUGGACUCUGUCUCUGUGAAGCUGCCAUACUUACGAGAAGGUGAAGCAACACACAAAUGGCCAUUUCUACUGUGGUUCUACUUAAAGACACUGGGACUUUACCAUUCAGGUACAUAGCAGCUAGUAGUGUAAUAUAUACCGCAGUACGGGGCGCGGGGUUAAAGAUAAAAGAAGGAGUCUUUAAGUUAUACCCUAAAACUUAAAUGAAAAAAGCAUGUUGAAAUUUCUUUAGUGAGUGUUACAUGCAGUAUAAGCCUUAAUGUUACAAAAUUGUUAGAAAAUUAUUAUUAUUUGCUUUAUCAAAUUCAUCACUUGAAUUGUACUUCAUUCCCCUUGUGCCCAAUGAUGACAUCAAUUAAUCUUUCAAACAGCGCAUUCUAAAAUGAAACACUAAAAAAAUAUUCCUUGCUUUAAUUAUAUUGCUACUCAAAAACUCUGGUUAUGAGUAUAGAGUCAACUCUAAUACAGACUUCCUUGGGUCUAGCACUAAGUGUAUGUCUUAGAGAGAUGUCCAUCUUAUAGAGAGUCAAAUAAAGGGACUAAAGAAAGGCAGGGACAAACUCUAGAUGUCUGUUUUACAGAGGUGGGUGUAGAGAGACUCGCCUCUACCUUAACUGCAGGAUUACUGUGACCAAACACAACAACAUUUACCACUAUUUGGCUUAAAUUUCAGGUCGACUUGUACGCCCAAAGAUAUGUGCCAAAUGUAAAAAGGCAAACAAGAGCAAUACCUACCGCUACACUGAGGGCACCUGCAAAGUGUGUGAUAGCUUAAUGUGGAAUCACAGAGGAGUACCCACUGAGGUUACUGAUCGCGGCAUUGGAUCGUCAUUCUUUAAUCACUGUGGAAGUGGCUUUUUGUCUUUAAUUUGGCUUCUUCUCAUCACGGGAAUCACAAUGACAAGCAUUAUACUGCUGAUUACUAGAUACCAGAGUGACAGCUGUGAUAUUGUUCAUGUAAUGGCGUGGAUUGGCAUGUUUCUCCUUCUGUAUAUCGGUCCCUUUACCUGCCUAAUCUCUGUCAUCCACACAACAUGGCCGACUGUGUUCAUGGGAAGCUGGUCGAACGCCCUGGCUAUUGAAUUUGUCGUGCACAGGUUGCGGUUUGUCGACAUGAAGGAGAAGCAGUUUGCAGGAUAUGCUCUUUUCCUUGGCAGUGUUGCUAUCAUCUGUAGCCAGUGUUUCAAGAUAGCCGCAGCAUUUUUUGACCCAGUUUUGGUAUCGCCGUUGGUUAGGAAUGAAACACAAUCAGGACUUAACUCCUUGGUUCCUCUGCACGCAUUUUCUGUCGUUGAAGGCUACAUCAACUUUGGUGGCUUCUGUUACCUGGUCUACCUUUUACGUUGUAGUUACGAGUCAGAGAAUCGAUUAGUCACAAAGUUUUUGCGUCACAACAUUGAAGAUACAGACUUGUGCAGAGCUCGUUUGGCAGAAGCCUUUGAUGCACAUCACAUUUUUCGUGAAUUUGCCUCUGGGUGGAUUGCACUUAAUCUCAUUCUCUGCACUGUUUGUCUUCUUCUAGAGUUACAUAUCUGGAUCGUUAAAACUGAACCUCUGGCUUUGUUUCAGUAUGAACACACUGUUCUUUUAAUAGGUUUUCUUCUCUUUCCCAUAAUCUCCCUUGGCAAUGUUGAUGUGGAUUAUCUUUGGAAUCGUUUGGUUCGCCAGGUCAGUCGACAGCGUACAACACGUCAGGAACAAUACUGGGAUAAACUGAUGCAGUUUCUUCAAGAGCAAAAAGCCGGAUCACGCCCAUGGCAAGCAGUGCUUGCCUUCUUCUUGUCUGCUAUAGCUAUUUUCUCUGCCAUACAAUUCAGAUUGUGGUCAUUUGAUAAGGAGAAGCCGAUCGUCGUGUAUACUCUGACAAAUGGUAGUUUGGCUUUGAUACAAACAUACAAUGGUUUACAAGGCAACUAAUCUCAUUGAUGUUACACUGGGCUACAUGCACAAGCAACUGAUUAAUGAUUUCAUAUGAAGGGACCAAUAUAUUGAAUCUUGAGGGAUUAUUCAUCCUUACUUAAAUCUAAAUUAUUGUUCUACUACUGGCAUUGAUUGAGAGGUAUAUAAUUUUAUGAGUAUUCAUCUGAGCUAGGAGCAAAGAUGAACUAGGAAAUGACAUCAUUCUUGUGGAUGUUACAAAUAUUUUACAGUUUAUAAGCACCACCAGAAACCAUCAAUGUUAAAUAGCCACAAAAAGCGAGGAAAUUUCAAGGAAGAGAAAAGACAUUCUUAGUUCCAGCAUAAAGACACAAAUUGUGCUUCCAAAACAAAUUAAUGUUUUCUAGUUUUAAUCCACAGUAGUUAGCUUAUUUUGGUGGGAUUGUGAAGCUGCUUGAAAUAGUUGUCGUUAUGAUGUAAGUCAUGUCGUUUCAACCAUUAAGUGAUCAGUGUGAUUGUGAAAGUUUUCUGGAAGGAAAUUUUGUUGAUGUUUAUGCAUGAUUCAAUUUGACCUCUUACCAUGCCCCCCCCCAAGGGCAUACCCCCGGGGAUUUGCAAAUUUUUUCUUUCUUGGUGGUCUACUUCCCCAUUCCCGGGUACUCAGAAAGAGCAGAUAUUUUUGCGUGUCUUGUUUUUGGGCACGAAAUGCGAAAUUCAAGAACAUCCCCAAACAGGCACACUUAUGCGGGUAUCAGCGGCCAUCCCGAGGGGGCGACCCCCGGGCACCCAGGGGCAUUUGUCACAGCUGCAGUGACAAAUACGUGCUAAAGCCCCUGGGGUAGGGCAAAAAAUUGGGACAAAUACCCCCAUCCCUGGAGCAACCUGGGCAACAUAUAAUAAGUAAUUUUUUUAAAAAAAUUCCCGUUUACUUGCAAAAACGCAUAACUCCAGCACAAGAAAAAUGGGAAAACAGUCACUUUAAGGAGAACAUUCACGUCGAGACAGGCAUGACAAAUUAUCUAUUUCAGAGGAAUCAGCAAAACAAGACUAAAGGGCUAAUACAAUUACACUAUGUUUCAUUUGAAGCUUUAAUAUCUCUGAUCAAAUAUGAAAAAAGAUCAAACUACACAGGCUGGCAAAAGACUGAUAAUCAUACUGAAAGAUUUAUAAUGAUAAUAAUGAUAAAAAUAUUGGCAUUGGCAAUGUCUAUUAAAUGUCUGAAAUUAUAAAGAGAGACAAGAUUAUCAUUGCUGCUUCACCAUUAAAUAAAAACAUGAGUGUUGUAACCGUAAUUCUAUAGACUCAUUCGUACACACAAUUUAAAUGUAAAAUAUCUGAAAUAUGAACAACAAGUACAGUGUAUCUGGAAAAUCUGUCACGAUUAUACUUAAAGGGUUUUUCUCUUGUAAAAAGAUUAUGAGAAUAACGAAGGAUUUCUCUAGCUUGUUACUUGUGACAAAAUACAAUGCCAUUGUUUCAAGAGAGAAAACUAAAUUUGUAACAUAUACUGUUUUUAAAUGCACCACCAAGCAAAGCGCACAAAGGAUGAAAAUCCCCAGAAUCAAUUACACUAUGAACUACUUCUAGAUGAUUCAGAAAUUACACUAUAAACACGAAAUAAUAGUGAUCUGCCCCAUGUGUAUAUAAAAAAUCCAUUCAUAAAUCGAGGACAGAUAACCAUAUUCACUGUCAGGCUGGAAACCUAAUUUGAUCUAAAUCAGCCUACUUUGCAAACUAUGCUUCUAAGGAUGAAUUAACCCUUUCACUCCCAGAGUCAAAUUAUGGAGACAUGUAGUGUAGUUCUAACUUUUGAGUCUGUGGAUGAAAUCUUAUGGUGUGACCAUUCAAAUGAAACCUCUUCAGCAGUACUCUUGCAUGGUACCAUUUGUUUUUCAAUAUGUUACAAAAUGAAAUUUAGAAUUUUUC